CCCAUGGCGGGACCCUCCUUUAUUGACCGCGCACACGUAGCUCCCGACGACGAUGACUUCCCCAUCCGAGAGGGCGGCCGGCCAGGAAUUCUCCCGCAGGAUUUAGCGGAAGAGACGCCCUUCCAGCAGCUUAUACGGCACUGGAUGAACGAAAGACACGCGCCGGACAUUCUUCCAGGUCAGGAAGCGUUGCUCAGCCGACUUUUGGAUCACAUUCGGAAACAGUCCAACGAUGUGGAGCUCCUGCGCGCAGACCCAGACUCCUCGGAGGAAGAACACUUUCGUAUAAUGCUUGUUCAGACCGAGGUGGAGCGCGUCAAGUUUGUAAUCCGGUCAUACAUCCGCACAAGAUUGCACAAGAUCGAAAAGCACGCGCGAUACAUCAGUUCUACACCUGAGAUCCACGAGAAGCUGUCGAAGGCAGAACUGGAUCACGCUCGAAGAUAUUCGCAGCUGGUGGAAUAUCACUUCAACCAAUCCGUGUUGCAAAGCCUACCCGAACAACAGAGAUCGAUGGAGGACAACGUCGCAUUCAUGCCCCCCAUGACUGCAGAGCCAGACAAACUCCGACCUGUGUUCGCGCACGCAUUGCAAGAUUGUCCGCCUAUGCGACUGCCAGACGGCACGAUGUCAGAGAUGCAGAGAGGACAGAUAUCCCUGGUGCCCUAUUAUGUGGUCGAACAGCUGCUAUUACGAGGCGAGGUAGAGCUCGUCUGACCGUCUC